AUUAUUUUUUUUUUUUUUUUUUUAAAUGGUGCGUAAGUGUGCAUGUCGCGGAUGUCCUAAUCGUCAAAAACAACCACGGCGACGUAAAAGUGCAUUACCAACGCCGACAGAUAAAAGGAUUCACUUUUACUCUUUCCCGGUAAACGAUCCAGAGCGACUAAAGCGAUGGCUGCUACGUGUUCAGCGAGAUAUUGAUUUACCUCUUCAACUCGCCCGUCUACUGACAUUGUGCAGUGAGCAUUUUUCACCAGACGACUUCAGACCGGGUCCGGGAAAGAUACGUCCAAAACUGAAAAUAACAGCUGUGCCCAGCUUGCGUUUACCACACACAAAGGAGACUGCGAGUGAUCCAGAUGCCCUGUCAGCAGAUGACUGUGGAGAUAUAGAGGAAGAUGACGAUGAUGAUGAUGAUGACGAUGUGUAUUUUGCGGAUGAUUUUGAGUCAACUUCAGGAAAGCAAAAGAACCACAGAACCUGCCCUGUACAACGUGGGCAACAGUCAAAACUCAUUUUAACCGUUUCAAAUCAGUCUACGUCUACAUCUACAUCUCCAUCUCAAUCUCCAUCUCCAUCUCCAUCUAUUUUUGGGACAUACUAUGCUCUUCCCCCCACAUGGUACUACCAAAUGGAUGAUCCUGCAAAGAUUGGACUGCCAAUGGAAGGAAGUUCUGAUGUAAACGUCAGCAUGGAUUCUGCUGCUACUUCAGAAGGAGCACAGUCUACAGUUUCACAGCUGGGUUCUACGUCUGCAGCAGGUGUUUUUAUGGCCAGUGAGGAUUUCACAGGACAUCCGGACACGUACCAGGGAAGUGGAGCAGAAAAGGACAAUACACUAGACCAGGACAGAGAAUUAAACAAGAGUGUACUGGGACACUAUGAGCAUAAGAAGGAAGCCACUGAAUCAGAGGAGAACAAGGACAGAGAUAUCAACGCAGAGGACACAGCACAGUGUUCGGAAGAGCUUGUGAUCACUAAAGUUGAGGACACGAAUGAUAUGGCAGUGGACCAGAAUGAGGAUUAUAAUGGGAAUAUGGGAGUGAAUGGACCAGCAGAUUUGGAAGCAAAGAAAGCCAAAGACGUAAAAGCCAAGACGAAGGAAUCUGCUACAUUAACGCAAACACAGGCUGUUGACCAAAAAAAAUAAGCGUCCUCUGUCAUUUUACCUUUGAAGAUCAAGGAUGAACCAAUGGAUGAAGAGUGGAAAAAAGCACCGCAGUCCCCACUGAGAAACAUUAAGGAUGAUGAGGAUUUUGACCAAACGCCUGAUGAUGUCAAGAUUCGAGCUGCAUUGUCUGUUGGAGUAAAUGCUUCCACUGCAUCCAUCGGAGCUCCAGUAGGCUUCCCAGCAAAGGCACCAUCAAUCCCAGCUGAAUCUGUUCAACCUUUUAAUCGACUUGGUGUGCUGUGCACAACCUGUAAUAAGGUUAUGCUGAAGGGACAGACUGCAUUCCAGCGCAGUGGCUCUUCUAAACUCUACUGCUCUCCUGCAUGUCUCUGCAGCAGCAAGACGAAAACAUGUCACUGCUGCCAUAAAGAGAUUCGUGACCAUAACGCCAUAAUUGGCCCGGUGGACAUGUUAGGGACUGUGAAGGACUUCUGCAGUCAGAAAUGCUUCAGUGCUUUAAACUUCAAGUGCAGUAUGUGUCAGAAGACUGGAGUGACUCGUCACGAAGUGAACUUCAUGGGCUCCGUCCAUAAGCUGUGCAGCGACAGCUGCUUCAACCAGUUUCGCUCCUCCAAUAAGCUGAACAUGAGCAGCUGUGUGAACUGUGGUGGAUACUGCUAUGGCACUGACAGUCAGUGUCCAUCUCUGCGAAUGGAGGACAGAGUUAUGCAGUUCUGCAAACAAAACUGCCUCACAGCCUUUAAACAGAAGAGCCUGAAACUUGUCAGCUGCAAAACGUGUCAUACCCUGCGCCCGGCUGCAGAUGCGGUGGACAGUCCCAACUCAGAGGGCAUCAGGGAGCUUUUCUGCUCCACUUCCUGUGUCACAGCGAGUAAAGGCCAGACCAGUUCGUCAGGUAUUCCUGUGGAAUGCAACAACUGCAAGCUGAAACUAGUGCCUCAAUACCACAUAGCCAUGUUUGAUGGAUCCGUUAAGAACUUCUGCUCCUUUUCCUGUGUACUAGCAUAUAAGGAGUCCUUCAGUAAGACACAACCUAACAACCAGGUGAAUAUGGUAACAUCUACAAGCAACAACACAUCUACCCCAAAACCUGCUGCUACCAAACCUGCUUCAACAGAGUCCAGCUCGUCAACAAAGACUAGCGCUCCCAGUGAUCAGGGCCAAACAGUCACCAAGAUCCCCUGCUCUCAGUGUCUGAACUCAUUCUUCCACAAACCAGAGCUGCUGGAGUUCAAGAGGAAAAUGUAUGCUUUCUGCGAUAAUGAUUGUAUUGAUGAGUUCAGAAGGAUCAACAACGCGGUGGCUCGCUGUGAAUACUGCAAGCUCAAUAAAACUGUGAAAAUAGUGAGAAGGAUAAACAAGUUUGACCGUUCUUUCUGCAAUGAGAGAUGCAAGUCACUCUUUGAGCAUGACCUGGUCAAGCGGUGGGGAAAGAAACACUGUCGCAACUGCUUCUAUUGUGACAGCACCUCAAAGACUGUAGUGACUGAGGUCUUUGAUGGCAAGCAAGAGGAGUUCUGUGGGAACGAUUGCUUGUUAAAACAUCGUUCAUUAAUCCGCCAGGAAAUAAAGUGCUCCAUGUGCAGGCAGGCCAAGAAAAUGACAGAGACAGUGAACUGGCUGGGUGAGAUGAAGCAUUUCUGCAGCCUGCGGUGCCUGAUGUUCUUUUGCAGUCUGCAGGGCGUCACUGGAGCUAUCAUCAAAGCUACAAGCAAAUCUGUAGCCACACAGAGUGCAACUUCAGCAUCCUCUGCAGUCCCUCAAAGUGCUAAAGAGGGCACACCGGUCAUUGCCAAUGUCGUUUCACUUUCAAGUGCAUCUAACAAACAGCCAGGUGUUCGCAGAAACACAGAUCCGAAAGGCUCUGUUCCAGCUCCUGUUAUUGUAAAAGUUAUAGAACAUAAACGUGCUCCGAAAGCUCCUGUCUCAACAUCCCAAAUCAUGAAGAACAAGGACAUAACAUAUAAACCCAUAAGCAAAAACAAAGCCACAUCCUGUAAACCCCACACUGCUGAUGCUGAGACACAAAUAGAUGAAACGCCUAAAGUGAUAGUGCUGCCUGUGCCGGUGCCAGUCUAUGUGCCAGUUCCCAUGCAUCUCUACAGCCAAUAUGUUCCACAGUCUGUAGGGAUUCCACUUCCGGUUCCAGUGCCGUUGUUCUUCCCCACAACUCUGGACAGCGCUGAGCACAUCGUGAAGACCAUUCAGGAAAUCAAAGAGAAGAUCCCUGAUGACCCUCUGGAGGCUGACCUCCUUAUGAUGGCAGAGAUGGUGGCUGAGGAUACAGAAAGGGAGAAACACACCACAUCUAGUGAUCAGACUGGUAACAUUAUGGAGGACCUUGAUUUUGAAGCCCUAUCGAGCAAUCUGAGUUGGGAGGAGGACUCUGUGUCUUCUGCUCAGACAUGGGAUCAACCCCCAGAGCCUGAAAGGCCUCCUCCGUCCAGUUCUGCCACACAAACCCCCGUCUCUACUGCAGCAGAAGAGCCACAGAUGGACCUGGAGGCUGAUUUCCCAGUUGAAAGCAUUGAAUUUCUCAGAGAGCAAACACAAAAAGACACUGAUUCUGGCAAACGAAGAUCUCGCAAGAGAGGAAACAACAGCUUCCCUCAGAAGAAAAGGGGUCAUAAAUGUGCAUCAGCGCUGCCAAACAGCCUCUCCAAACUGCAACACGAGUACGGCGUCAAUGCCUGGAAGGACUGGGUGCGCUGGAGGAACGCCCAACCCAACAUGGAUGCUCCCAAAUUUGGCUCACAUACUAUGACACUAAAGGAGGACCUGUUGAAGUGUUGCACGGCUGAACUCAGCUACGGCCUCUGUAAGUUCAUCUCUGAAGUUCGUCGACCCAGCGGAGAGAAGUACAGCCCUGACAGCAUCUUUUACCUCUGCUUGGGCAUCCAGCAGUACCUGUUUGAGAACAAUCGUAUGGAGAACAUCUUCUCUGAUGUCUUCUACACUAAAUUCUGCCAUGAAAUGAGCUGUGUACUCAAAGGAUGGAAGCCAACUAUUUUGCCCAGUGGUUAUGUUCAUUCUCGUGUGGAGGAGGAGUAUCUGUGGGACUGUAAGCAGCUGGGAGCGUUUUCACCCGGUGUGCUGCUCAACACGUUGCUCUAUUUCUUCACCAAGUGCUUCAACUACAAGACUGUGGAGCAACACCGUUGCCUCUCUUUUGCAAAUGUCAAACGCUACUCUCGGGGUCCAGCUAACUGCAAAGUAUCCUACCUGCGUUUCUACCCCCCAAAAGAGGACACAAGCAUGGAUGGUGUCCCUGUAAAGAGGAGGAAGAAGGAAGAUGAACGGCAAUUGAUGUUAAAGAUACGGCAGAAUUCAGACAAUCCUCUCCGCUGUCCUGUCAAGCUAUACGAGUUCUAUCUCUCAAAAUGCUCACCAGGAGUAAGACAACAAGCGAACCAAUUCUACCUGAGCCCCGAGCGUUCCUGCGUACCCAGCAGUCCUACGUGGUUUACAACCACCUCGCUGAGCGACGAGGCUCUGGACAGCAUGCUCGCACGCAUCCUUACUGUCAGAGAGCUGCACCUGGAGACGGACAAAACAUCCAACGAGACCGAUUCAGACAGCGACUCGGACUUCAGACAUUUUUAAAACCGCAAAACUGAGAACCUGUACACAUCCUCUGGGAUAUUGACUGUACUUCUGAAUGUUGGAAAGCAAGCAGUUUGUCAUUGUUAACUACAAGAAUAUUGUAAAUGGAAAACACGCAGUUAAACACCAGUGGGAUUGUUGAGAGUCGCUGCGUUUGUAUUAUAUUUCAACACUAAAGACAUUGACAGCAUCAUUCCAAACUGAUUUUGAAGUUGUUGUUCUUCAUUGUAAACCAUGUUGGUCCAUAUAGAUUGCAAUGUUCCUGAAAUUGAGGAAAACUCUGGAUUUUUUUUUUUUUUUUAAUAGAUUAAAAAAAAAAGACUGUGAAA